GUGGAGUGGGGGCUGGAGAGGGCACCCUACUGUAUCCAGCAUGCUCCAAGGCCACAGCUCUGUGUUCCAGGCCUUGCUGGGGACCUUCUUCACCUGGGGGAUGACAGCAGCUGGGGCAGCUCUUGUCUUUGUAUUCUCUAGUGGACAGAGGCGGAUCUUAGAUGGCAGCCUUGGCUUUGCAGCAGGGGUCAUGUUAGCAGCUUCCUAUUGGUCUCUGCUGGCCCCAGCAGUUGAGAUGGCCACGUCCUCUGGGGGCUUUGGUGCCUUUGCCUUCUUCCCUGUGGCUGUUGGCUUCACCCUUGGAGCUGCUUUCGUCUACUUGGCCGACCUCCUGAUGCCUCACCUGGGUGUAGCAGAAGACCCCCAGACGGCCCUGGCACUGAACUUUGACUCUGCGUUGAUGAAGAAGAAAGCUGAUCCCGAGGGUCCCACGCUGCUCUUCCCUGAGAGUGAACUUUCCAUCCGGAUAGACAAGAGUGAGAACGGCGAGGCGUAUCAGAGGAAGAAGGCUGUGGCCACCGGCCUCCUGGAGGGCCCUGCUCCCGCGGUGCCUGCUCGGGGGAACCUGACGCAGCCUGGUGUCAGCAGCUGGAGGAGGAUUGCACUGCUCAUUCUGGCCAUCACCAUACACAACGUUCCAGAGGGUCUUGCUGUUGGAGUUGGUUUUGGGGCUAUAGAGAAGACAGCAUCUGCCACCUUUGAGAGUGCCAGGAACCUGGCCAUUGGGAUUGGGAUCCAGAACUUCCCCGAGGGCCUGGCUGUCAGCCUUCCCUUGCGAGGGGCGGGCUUCUCCACCUGGAGAGCCUUCUGGUAUGGGCAGCUAAGUGGCAUGGUGGAACCCCUGGCCGGGGUCUUUGGUGCCUUCGCUGUGGUGCUGGCUGAGCCCAUCCUGCCCUAUGCCCUGGCCUUUGCUGCUGGCGCCAUGGUCUACGUGGUCAUGGACGACAUCAUUCCCGAAGCCCAGAUCAGUGGUAAUGGGAAACUUGCAUCCUGGGCCUCCAUCCUAGGAUUCGUGGUGAUGAUGUCACUGGACGUUGGCCUGGGCUAGCGCUGAGACACUCUGGACCCCAGGAAAGGCAGCACAAGAAAAUGGCAGUGGUUGGCUUCCAUGGGACCACAGGCCUCUUUCCUCACAUUAAAAUAUUUUUCCUUUCUCUCCUCUUUAUCUCAUUAUCCUGAUUGACUCU